AUGUCUACCGCUGAGCUGGCCACUUCCUACGCGGCGCUGAUCCUCGCCGACGACGGUGUCGAGAUCACCGCCGACAAGAUUUCGACCCUCAUCAAGGCCGCCAAGGUUGAGGAUGUCGAGCCUAUCUGGGCCUCAUUAUUCGCCAAGGCUCUCGAGGGCAAGGACGUAAAGGAGCUUCUCUCUAACGUCGGCUCUGGUGGUGGUGCCGCUGCUGCUCCUGCGGCUGGUGGUGCUGCUGCUGCUGGCGGCGCCGCUGCUGAGGAGCCCAAGGAGGAGGCUAAGAAGGAGGAGGAGAAGGAGGAGUCGGACGAGGACAUGGGUUUCGGUCUCUUCGACUAA